CGUCGCCAAGUGACGGAGAUGGCUCUCCCCUCCAGUGACCGACAGAGAAAGUGCUGCCGGAAAUGAGCAGGGCACCAUUCAGGCUCGGUCACCGUCGUCUGGCAUCAGCGGCUCAGGUCAUGAGAAGUUUGCCCGGCGCCGGCUGAGGAGGCUGAGCUCACGCUGCGGACCAUCCAUCCCUCCGCCGAGUUCCGCGGACGCGCAGGGUCGCAUGCAUCACUGCGUUACGUGGUAGUCGACUUCACCGCAGACAAAGCAGCACUUCUGGACGAUGGAAGCGGGAUCGGAGCAAAGUCACGCGCAGGAGAACGGACGAGGCCAGGCGGCCGCCAGAGGAGCCAGUCCGGCGCCGUGCUCCACGCUGAAAAUGUUUCUGGUGGCUUUGUCCUUCGCCUACUUUGCCAAGGCUCUGUCAGGAAGUUACAUGAAGAGCACAAUAACUCAGCUGGAGAGACGCUUCGACAUCCCCAGUUACCUCAUCGGCGUCAUUGACGGAAGCUUUGAGAUCGGCAACUUGCUGGUGAUAGCGUUUGUCAGCUAUUUUGGUGCAAAACUCCACCGACCAAAGAUCAUCGCAGUCGGCUGCGUGCUGAUGUCCAUCGGCACCUUCAUCAUUGCUUUGCCUCACUUUGUCAUCGGACGUUACGAAUAUGAAACAUCAACCCCGUGGGCUGCUAACUCGACCCUCAGCACCUCUCCAUGUCAAGUGGGUUCGACAGCAGGCCCGACGCAAAGCCAACCAGCGCCUCAAGUGCCAUCAAGAGGCUGUGAGGGGGACUCCCACCUCUCCCUGUGGCUCUACGUCCUACUGGGGAACGUCCUGCGUGGAAUCGGGGAGACCCCGGUCCAGCCUCUCGGGAUCUCUUACAUCGACGAUUUCGCAAGUGAAGAAAACGCGGCUCUUUAUGUCGGCUGCGUGCAGACCAUUUCAGUCAUCGGCCCGGUGUUCGGCUACCUGCUGGGCUCCCUCUGUGCCAAGAUCUAUGUGGACAUUGGCUUUGUGAAAAUGGAGAGCGUCACCAUCACUCCGGCGGACUCCCGCUGGGUGGGCGCCUGGUGGCUGGGCUACCUCAUCGCCGGGGUCAUCACCUUGCUGGCUGCUGUCCCUUUUUGGUUCCUGCCUCGCUCCAUACCGAACGACUCCGCAGGGAGCACGGAAACCGGAGGGCAGAAGGGUUUCUCGAAGGAAGCUUCUCAGGUGAAGCACAAGUAUUCGGAGGAGGAGCACACCAGCUUCAUAGAGAUGGCCAAAGACUUCAUUCCCACGCUGAGGAGCCUGCUGGGACACCCGGUGUACCUCAUCUACCUGUGCGUGACCAUCAUCCAGCUGAAUUCUCUCAUCGGGAUGGUGACCUACAAGCCCAAGUACAUCGAGCAGCACUUCAGGCAGUCGGCUUCAAAGGCCAACUUCCUGAUGGGUGUGAUCAACAUCCCGGCCGUGGCUUUGGGGAUGUUUUCGGGGGGUCUGCUGAUGAAGCGGCUGAAGCUGAACAUCAUGGCCGCAGCCAGGUUCGCCUUCGGGACGUCCCUGAUCGGCUACAUCCUCUCGCUGGUCUUCUUCGCCUUGAGCUGCGAGAACGCAAAGGUGGCCGGGGUCACGCUUUCGUAUGACAGGAUUGAGGAGAUCUCCUACGACAAACAUUCGCUGUUCAGCGCCUGCAACACGGGCUGCUCCUGCUCCUCCAACAACUGGGACCCUGUGUGCGGAGAGAACGGGGUCAUGUACGUUUCCCCCUGCCUGGCUGGCUGCACCUCCUCCACGGGAUCAGGGAAGAGCACGGUCUUCUGGAACUGCAGCUGUGUGGGAGUGAGGGGCAACUUCAGCGCCAGAGCUGGUCAGUGCAAUGACAAGGACGACUGCGACAGGGUGUUUCCCUACUUCCUGGCUCUCUCCGUCAUCACCUCCUUCAUCAUCUCUCUGGGAGGAACACCAGGCUACAUGCUCCUCAUCAGAUGCAUCAAACCACAGCUCAAGUCUUUUGCUCUGGGAUUCCACGCCCUGGCGACUCGGACCCUCGCGGGGAUUCCAGCACCCAUCUAUUUCGGAGCCCUCAUUGACACCACGUGUCUGAAAUGGGGCCAGAAGAGGUGCGGGGGCUUGGGAGCGUGCCGGAUCUACAACACCACGGCGUACAGGAUAGCCUACCUGGGCCUGACGCUCAGCCUCCGCACCAUCUCCUUCAUCAUCUGCAUCCCAGGAUUCAUCCUGCUGAGCCGACAGCUGAAGAAGGAGGAGAGAAGCACCCGACACGGAGCGCUGGCUAACGGAGGGGCAGAGCUCGAAGCCCUCCGAAAGGAAGAAUUCGUCAUCUCAAAUUUCGACCCUCUACAGACGUCGGACAAAGACAGAGAGACGAGACUGUGAACAAAUGAACACACACACGUGCGCGCAGAUUUGCAGGGAAUCAGAUUUGUGUCUGAUGAUCUCACGCUGAAGAAAACUUUCUAUAUUUUUACUGCUCCACCUGUGGAGGCUUUGACAUGAAUUUGAUAGAGUACACGCCGUUAUUUUUACACUCUGAGAGAAGUAUUUUUAAACUGCUCGUGUAAACUUUGUACAGACUGCUGCGGAAACAGCCUCACUCAAAACACCAGCACAUAUUUAGCUGCCUUGUUUUUUUUCCUCUUCUCUCGUCGCUUUAUCUGUUUCGUUUUUGGCAUCGCUGACGCUGAACUUAUAAAAAAAAAGAAAAGUGUCCUUACACAUUAAGCCUGAUGGACUGCAGCGAUUCAGGCUGUGAUGUUUAUGCAGCGGUGGCAAAAACACUCGUUUAAGUCAAGUCUUUAAAUAUUUAAAUGAAAUGUUGAAUAUAUAUUUAUUCAUUCAUCCGUGGCUUCUCACUGUACUGACAAAAAUAGGGUGCAUCUGAGGUUAAAUACACUUCUAUGGUCCGUCAUGAAUAGAACUCAGCGAGUGCAGACCUCCGCUGAGCUGCUCAUAUUGUGAUUCUCAUGCAAUAUUAUUGCCCAACAUCGAGCGAUAUGAUUGGAUACGCAGUGACAUAUCAUCAUGAAUAGAGAAAAUCCAGUUGGACAGCAGAGGGCAGUUGUGGUGUGGAACUCAGUCAUCUCACUCACUCGCACAGUGCAAACCAGGCCCGUCAGUCAAGUGCGACUAGAUUAACACGGCCAUCCAAAACACUCGAGACGGUUCAUGACACAGUGUCCUCAUGUUCAGGGCCCACUAGAUGGCGCUCUCUGCUCUGAAGUCUUUGGAUUAGAGAAACAAUUUCACUAAGUUUAUCAUCAAGCGCCACCUACCCUGCUCUGAAUAAGACAACACUGUUUCAUGAAGCCUCGCGGACGUAGCCCACUCACAGCUGAAAAUUUAAAGUCACCAAAGGCCUCCUUGUAUGGUUGGACCAGACAGAAGCGGGUGGAGCACAAACAACCUUGACCUCUUGCUGUGAGGCUGCAGAUGGACCACACGUCACCGGUUGCUUCUCUUGCGAAGUUUCUGGCAAUAGUUUUAGCUCUCACAACCGUCGUCUCCAAAGCACAAUACAUGCCUUUGACUUACAUCUGAAUGUUCACGGACAUGAGCAGGUUCAACCGUAUCACUGAAGCUUUUACCGGGGGGCAAUGAAGGGGCGGCGCUUCAAUACGGCGCUCGUGUGACGCGGCCUUCGAGCCUGGCGUUCGCGCCUUCUGAAUUAAAGUGUGCCUUAAAUGAGGCCUUACUUGGGAGUGAAUCCUGCAGAGCAAGGUGAGUGGAGCCACUGAACUGUGCUCAUCUGAAGUCAUCUAUAGUUGAACUGCUUGGACGCAGCAUUUGUCCCCGUGUGUCACUCCGUCCUUUCAUGAACGCAUCAAAGUGACAUUGCAUAUUUGAAUGGCUAUGUGACAAAUGUUUUUAUCUUGUUUUUGAAGUUUUGCUUGGCCCAUUCUGUUUUUGGGACUUAAAAAAAAAGCACUGGAGGUCUGCAGAACUGUCAAUGUUUCUCUCAAUGUGAGGGAUUUUCUUGCAUUUGAUGAAUCUGAAUGUAAAUUUUCAUUUUGGUUAAAUUUCCUAAGUGUACUAGAUAAAAAGCAAAUAAAACAUUGAACAUUCAACUUAGUUUUUGACUACAUUUUUACUAAAUAUGUAUAAUAAAUAAAAAAACAAGACAUGUCUGGAAAAUUCCACAUUUUAAUAUAAAAAUAAACACAAUAAACCCAAAAUUACUACAUUUGUACUGAAAGUUAUUUGGUUUCCAUUGGACAUUGUUUGUUGUAUAAAACACAUAUUGCUAAUAAAACGUCCAGCUUCCUGCCUUCAUGUUUGG